CUCUCCCUUGCAUCUCACCCAGAUCUGGAUCGGGCUUGUUGUCGGGGGCCACAUCGUCAUUGUCCAGCCCAUCCACUCGCCGACCGCCGCAGCACCCCCACGCCGUGCACGGACCGUUUGUCAAUCUCUCCGGCGACCGAGCUCUCCCUGCGCCGCCGCCGCCAGCGCGCCAGCCCGUAACAGCUCUACUGCGCCGACGCCUCGUUUUUCGACCCCGUUCGAAACCCUCUGCAUCGACGUGCGUGCUCGCGCCGUUGUUUUUCCCCUCUGGUCUUGCGCGCCCGCAUUGUACACGGACGGCACGAGCGCAGCAAGCCUCGAUUCUAUUUUUCCCUGCGUUAAUCUGUGUUUAGAGGCAGCCAGCAGCUAGUUGGACGCACCGACCUGCACGCCUGCCUGGCACUGCAGCGCACCACCCACCCACUGCACCCCAUUGUCACACACACACAAACACGAACAAACGACGGCGACACGCGACAUCUCCUGCAACAAUGUCCUUCCUUGGCAGGCCUUCUGCUGGCGAUUCUCCCUUUGCCAUUGGUGACCGUGCCAUGCGCGACACUUCUUCUCCUCAACCUCCUCAUCAGAAAAACCCACAACCACGCAACCCACAGCCUCCAGGUGCUGCAUACAUGGCCACCCCAUCCCCUUACGGCUCGGUCAGCGACGAGGCACGUCGCCGAUACGAGGAGCGAUACGCAAAGAAGCGCGCAGAGGACGAUGCAAAGCGCCGUCAAGAGGAAGACGAAGCACGCCGCGCUCAGAACCUUCCUCCUCAGCAAGGCGGCGGCGGAUACGGCCCUCCCCCUCCUCAAGCAUGGGGUCAGCCUCAGUCACACUCGCCAUCCACGCCGCAGCGCCAGCCCACCGCUCCGCAGCACCAGGGGAGCUAUCACCAGCCCCCUCCUCCUCAACAGGGCUAUGGUCAGCAGCCGCCCCCUCAACAACAAUACCACGCUCGCCCUCCUCCUCAGCAACAAUACUCGCGUCCUCCUCCCCAGCACCAGCAAUCGCAGGGCCCACCUCCUCAACAGCAGUAUGCGCAGCCCCCGCCUAGGCUGGAUUCGGCGCCAGGCUAUGCCGGAUCGCCGCAGCGACAGUACUCGCAGGCCCCACCACCGAACCAGCAGGGCGCAGCUCUGAGCGCUGCUCAACGCGCCCAGUCCCCGCAAAACUACGGUGCGCCCCAGCAGCGGUACGAGUCGCCACCACCAAACGCAUUCGCGGCCCAUCACAACGCUCCCGUUGGCUCGCCAUCGCCGGCCUCGACUCAGCCCCAGCGUGACCCUCGUCUUGAGCAGCAGCGGUACUCUGGAGGAUCUCAGUACGCCCAGCAGGCUCAGACUCAGCAGCAGGCGUACAGCGGCUACACGUCGCCGCCGCCUCCCCAGCAGCAGCAGCAGCAGGCCGCGCCUCCCCCUCAGCAACAGCAGCAGCAGCAGUACCAGCAGCAGGCUCCGCCACCCCAGCAGCAGCAGCAACGUCCUCCGCCGCAGCAAGUGUCGCCCGCGCCCCCACCAGCUGCUUCCCCCGAGGAUGAGCUCGAGACCUUGUUCAACCAGUUCGACUCGUCGCGAACAGGCCAGCUCAACUCGUGGGAUCUGCAGCGACUGCUCGAGAAGGAUGCGACGAUGGAGGCACGCGAGGACUGCGUCAAAAUGCUCAUGAGCAUCUUCGACACGGACCGCAGCGGCUCGAUCAACUUUAUGGAGUUUGAGGGCCUGUACCGGUACAUCCAAGACUGGCACGGCAUCUUCCGCCGGUUCGACCAGGACAAUUCUGGCCUGAUUGACCGCCGCGAGCUGCACGCCGCACUGCAAGGCUUUGGCUUCUCGCUCCCCUCUGACAUGGUCCGCAAGCUCGAGAAGCGCUUCGCUCCCCCACCCAAGGCUGGCGAGGAGCGCGGCAAGGGCAUUAGCUUUGACCGCUUCUUGAUGGCGUGUGUCACUGUCAAGCACUAUACGGAAGCCUUCCGGCGCUACGACCCCAACAACACUGGCACGGCGACGAUGGACUACCAUGCGUUUAUGGACAUUGUCAUGGAGGCGCCAAGCUAGACGACGACGACGAAGACGACCGAUACGUUCUCAUCCCCAAUCAGCCCGAACUCUCUCUCUCUCUCUGCACUUGUCCUUGAUGGAUCAUCCCGAGUCUCUGUCCGUGACUAUGAUAUAGCAUUUACGAUACCCUCAAUGAAUAGGUGUGAUGGC